AUGCUGUCGUCUUCAUCAACCAGAACAGCUCAGAUCUCCUCCUGCAUCGCUGCUGUCUUCAUCCAGGUGUUUGGAGUUGCUCCAGUUCUGCUCGGAGCAGCAGCGUCAUCUAUAGACUGGAACCAGACAGAGUAUGGCUCUCCGUCUCCGUAUGAAAGAGGAGAGGCUUCCCAGGUGCUGCCCAUCAUGCUGCUGUUCCUGACCCCUCAGUAUGUCUCCAUCAUUGGGAUCGGCUGUGUGGCUGCUGCCGUCAUGUCCUCUGCAGACUCCGCACUUAUGUCUAGCUCCAGUGUUUUUUCUGCUAAUGUCUACAAGAACAUCCUCAGGCCCCAGGCCUCUGACAAGGAGAUGCUGUGGGUGAUCCGGGCCACUGUGGUGGUGGUGGGCAUUUGUGGGACGGCCCUCACCACCUUCAAGAAUAGCUCCCUGAUCUUCCUGUUCUUAAGCUUUGAGACGCUCAACAUCAUCUUCCCCCAGUUCGUCUGCAUACUCUUCUUCCGGCCCUCCAACUUGUGUGGGGCCAUUGCAGGGCUGCUGGUGGGCUUACCUUUGCGGCUCAUGUGCGGCGAGCCGUCCGUAGGGCUGCCUCCACUCCUGCACUUCCCGGGCUGCACGCUAGAGGACGGGGUCUAUGUGCAGUACUCUCCAGUGAAGACUGUGUGCAUACUGUCCUCUGUGGCUGCCAUCAUGGUCUUCUCUGUCCUCAGUGCUCAGCUCUCUGACCGCGGCCUGCUUCCCCAGCGCUGGGAUGUGCUCUGUGUGAAAGGUCUUCAGCCGCCACGCGACAGUCAAAGAGCGCAUUCAAGCGGCGUGCACUCAGACAACAUGCACGAGGAUAAAGUCACAGGUGGCGUUCAGAUGGAAUCCCUGAAGCCGAUGCUUGAUAGUUAA